AUGGUAGAUUCCAAGUUGAUGAAGAAUGUAUUUUUAUUAUUAAUAUGCAAAAUAAUUACAUAUGACAUAUUAUAUGAUCCCUUUUUAGAAGCUAUUUGGAAUAAUUAUAAAUUUGAUGAAUAUAUAACUAGCGGGGAUGCAACUGUUAUUUUAAAAUUAUGCAAUAGAUUUAAUCGUACUACGGGUAAUUCUGCAGAGGAAGAAUUUCAAAAUUGCGCAACACUUUCAAGAAAUUUGAAGGUCCUAUAUAAUAGUAGAUAUACAUCCAAUGACGACUUUAAUAAACACUGUAACAAUAUAAACAAUUGGUUAUAUUAUAAAAUAAAGGAACAUAAAAUGUCUGAUGAUACUAUUACGGAAAUUUUUUCUGAAUCAAAACAGAUAAUAGAAAAUGAAGGAUACCUUUUCUGUCGAUAUUCCCCGUUCAAUAAUGACUUCCUUGAACCAGAAAAAUUAGUAAUGUUAAGUAUAUUUAAUGAUAAUAUUGAUUAUAUUAAAGAAAUUUUAAGCCAAGAAACUCAUUAUAAAAUAAGUUCUUGUCGAAAUUUUAUCAAGCAAUGUGUACACUUAUAUAAAAGUAUGCAUAACAUAGACUGUUCAAAAGGUGAUUUUACAGAGCCCAACAAAAUAUUUACCUGUUAUAUAGUAAACGAGUUUAAAAAUUUAUAUUGUUCAUCUAUUUACAAUAA